AUGUCUACAAGACCUAACAAACAGACCCCUCAAGAGAGGCGAAAGGGCGAAUUCGCUCUCUCUGAUUUCGCUGAGUACGUCGAGAAGCAACAGGCUCGUCAGCGCAACCAUUCCGUCGCUCCCAGUGACAGUGGCUAUUCCACUGCUGGUCGUUCCACUACUACCACCGAAGACCACGCCGAGCUCGACAUCAUCGACCAACUCGGCCUUUCUGAUGCGCCCAACCAAGUCAAGCUGAAAGACUGGCUGUUAGACACCUCCGAAGAUGCUGGCGCCACCUUUCAGUCACUUUCUGGUCUGGUCCAGGCCAGGUUAGAUGAAGGUCAUGGCGAGACCCUGUUCAACCUUGGUCAGGAAGACAGUGGCGAUAUCAUGGGCUUCAAUAAAGAGCAGUGGGCUAUGGCUCUCACAAGGAUAACAGAGGCUGCAAAAGCACUCAACGCCGAUAUCAAGGUGCUGUUGACCUACAAUGUCGGAGGAGACGUCGAUGCUGUCCCACAGAAUGGCAAAGAGACCGCCUGCUACGGCAAACUUCUGAUACGGCAGGCUCCUGCCACUCCCGAAGAGGUCAUCGAGACCAGAAUAGCUGUUGUGGGCAACGUCGAUGCUGGGAAGUCCACCAUGCUUGGUGUGCUUGUAAAAGGCGGACUGGAUGACGGCAGAGGUAAAGCUCGUGUCAACCUCUUCCGCCACAAGCACGAAAUCGAGUCUGGUCGAACCAGCUCUGUAGGUAUGGAGAUUAUGGGCUUCGACACCAAGGGUGAAACUGUCACUUCUUCCGUCCCUGGUCGCAAGCUCACCUGGAACGAAAUCGGCACAAGAUCCGCCAAAGUCAUCUCCUUCACUGAUUUGGCUGGUCACGAACGCUACCUGCGCACCACUGUCUUCGGUCUACUCUCCUCUUCACCAAACUACUGCCUACUCAUGGUCGCCGCAAACAACGGUCUAAUCGGUAUGUCCAAGGAACAUCUCGGCAUCGCCCUCGCACUUAACGUCCCCGUUAUGGUCGUCAUCACCAAAAUCGACAUCUGCCCCCCUCACAUCCUCGAACAAACAAUCACCCAACUAACCCGAAUCCUCAAAUCUCCCGGCGCCCGCAAAAUCCCCAUCUUCAUCAAAACCCACGAAGAAACCGUGCAAACCGCCACCCAAUUCGUCUCCCAACGCAUCUGCCCUAUCUUCCAAGUCUCCAACGUCACAGGCGAACACCUCGACCUAGUCCGCACCUUCCUCAACAUCCUCCCCCACCACGGCCACUACGACGCCGAAGCCCCCUUCGAAUUCCACAUCAACGAUACCUUCUCCGUGCCCUUCGUCGGCACCGUCGUCUCAGGCGUCGUAAAAUCCGGCGUCAUCCACACCGGCGACACCGUCCUCGUCGGCCCCGACUCCCUAGGCCAAUUUCAAACAACAAACAUCCGCUCCAUAGAACGUAAACGAAUCUCCGUGCCCUUCGCCUCAGCCGGGCAAUCCGCCAGCUUCGCACUAAAACGCAUACGACGCAAAGAAGUCCGGAAAGGCAUGGUCGUCCUCCCCAAACUCGACGCCCUCUCCCUGCCAAAAGUCUACAGGGAGUUCGUCGCGGAGGUCCUCAUCCUCUCUCACGCGACCACCAUCAGGCCAAAAUACCAGGCCAUGCUGCAUGUUGGUCCCGUAAGCCAGACGUGCGCGAUCAUCGAGAUUGAUCGGGAGUUUAUACGGACGGGCGAUCGGGCGACCGUGGCGUUCAGAUUUGUGCAGAGACCGGAAUAUUUGGCUGUGGGCGAUAGGAUAUUGUUUCGGGAGGGGAGGACGAAGGGGUUGGGGAUUGUGAAGGCUGUUGGGUUUGAGUUGGGGAGUUUGAAUAGUAGGCCCGAGGCGCAGGCGCAUGGGGCUGGGUGGACGGGGAGGGAGAAGUUGAAGGAGAAGGGGGUGGUGGGGACGGGGACGGGGACGGCGACUACUGCUGGUGCUGGUGGGACGGCGUCGAGGACGGGGCCCGCGAAAGAGUCCACGAUGGGUAAUGGUACGGCUGUUGUGAGUGGCAGUGGUGUUGCGAAAGUGAAAUAG